CCGGAGUUCUUGGGCGAAGCUCUGAACUCCCGGUCUUAGGGAAUCUGUAGUGUUCUCAGGUAGAACUCAGAAAGGGUGGGGUCGUACCAAGGGAUGCAGGUGGAGCUUUUAUCUCACCGCCCGCCAUGGAUCCAAAUUCUGCCCGUUAACCCCGCCUGAAUUUUUGGAAAUUACGGGAACGAGUGCCCUCCAACGUAGCCUGGGAGUCUGCCGACAGCGAGAUGAUUUUGUUCGUGUGUUAAACCGUCAAGGACCCGGAACGGGUUUGACUUUCUUCAAGCAAUUUACACUGAAAGUGAAUCUCUGAACUCUCGCUAUGGAGCAACCAGCUACGAAACCUCCUGCCCCAGCGCAGCCCGAGGGACCACACCCCGCCCCCGCCAUGCCAGACAAUAGGAACAGCACAGAGAGUGUGCCUACCCUGGCAUCAUCGUCGCAGACGACGUCACCUCCCAAGCCUGUCCAUUCCCUGGUUAUAGACGCAAACGCGAUUAUCAAGAACGACCCAACUCUGUCAACAUUGCUUGCCCAGGCCGAGGAGCUCUAUACCAUACCUGCUGUGAUUUCAGAGAUUCGCGAUGAGGCAACGAGAUCGCGAUUUCAGACGACCUUGUCUCCCUUUUUGAAACUGCGAAAUCCACGACCCGAGUCGGUUCAGUUCGUUACCGCCUUCGCACGGAAGACUGGGGACCUGCAGGUCCUGUCGAAGCCCGAUCUUCACCUUCUCGCCCUUACUUACGAUUUGGAACUGGAAAGGAAUGGUGGUGACUGGCGGCUAAGACGGGAACCGAACCAGAAAGGCGUGAACGGAAAGCCGCCCGGAAAGGAAGAGCCGAGCGCAGAUGGGUCAAGGGAAACGGAAACGGAGGGGAAUUUUGUUCCCGAUCCAUCGGCUACCAACCCCAACGUAACCGAGGGACAGGACAGUUCUGCACCGGAGGCUUUAGAGGAAGUUACUCCCCCGGUUGAAGAAGCCCCGGGGGGGUCGAUUGCCGACCAACUAUCAAGUUUGGACCUGAACGGUUCUGCGGCUCAGGGGACCAGUUCAUCAAUAGAAGAAGCGGGGGCGUCGGCGGAAGAAGAAGAUGAUGAUGGCGGGGGAGAGUGGAUAACGCCGAGCAACAUCAAAAAGUACCAGGCCAGAGAAAACGCGCUGGUGGCACCCCAACCAGUGCAGCUUGUGCUUCAGGCCGCGUUGAUCACUGCGGAUAUGGCGAUGCGAAACGUGGCCCUGAGAAUGAACCUCAACCUUCUGGACUCGGGAUUCUCUCGCAUUACUUUCCUCAAGACAUGGGUCCUGAGAUGCCACGGGUGUUUCAAGGUCUGCAAGGACACAUCAAAGCAGUUCUGUCCCGGUUGUGGCCAACCGACCUUGACCCGGGUCUCGUGCAGCACAGACGCGGCGGGAAAUUUCACGCUUCAUCUCAAGAAGAACUUCCAGUACAACAACCGGGGCAAUGUGUACAGCAUCCCGAAGCCUACCCACGGUUCAGCAAGCGGGAAGGGCCACAACGUCAAGGGAGGCGGCAAGAAUGGAUGGGGGAGGGAGUUGAUUUUCGCGGAGGACCAGAAAGAAUACCAGAAGAAAGUGGAGGAGGACCGCCGGACAAAGUACCGGGAUAUCAUGGAUCAAGACUAUCUGCCCAGCAUCCUAACCGGCUCGAGGCAUUCAGGCAGUGGGAAGGUCAAAAUCGGGGCCGGGCGCGACAUCAAUGCAAAGAGAAGGAGAUGAUGUAUGGAUCCCUGAGCUAUGCUUUUCCACAUUGAAAGGCUGGGGGAGAGAGGGGUGAAUCGGUCAGUCAAUAGAUCGUAUACCACUGGUAUACAUACAUAGUAUCGACGACGGAGCAAGUGUGUAAAGACCAAGUUAACGCCGGAUGUAAAAGCCCACCCAACCCAAGCCAACGCCGACAUGGCGUCUGCUCCACGCCUCGAGAUCUAAGCAACCCUUUCCACUGCCCUGCUCACACCAUUCGCAU